AUGCGUGAUUAUAAUCUUCCGGGCCGAGGAAUUGACCUGUGUCUAAGCCCUCUGAAGGAAGGAAGGUUUCAUCAGCAUGUGUGGAAACAGCCGCUCCCGCAGAAGACCCUGGUCUCUCAUCGCAACGAUGUUUUUCCAUGCAUGCGAAUGAGUCGUCCUUGUGACACUUCGCUCACGAGGAGCCUGCUCAACAUGAAGCUACAUGUAGACGUAAUUUUCUCAAUUGUUCAUGCGUGUAGGACCAGGUUUACACAUCUCCACUCCCCGAACCCUGGAUCUAAUAGGGACAAAACUUUCUCUGGAGCACUGCCGUUACACAUGACUACGGUACCUAAUUACGCACCAAAAAUACCCGGCUAA